AUGCAUACUAAGUGGAUAGCAACAUCUAGCUUUAUUACUACUUCUAUACAAUCAGAAAACAAUAGUAACUCUGAAACUUCUUCUACUGCGGCUAUAAUUGUAGAAUCUACUAGUAGUAGCUCUAAUUCUUCUAUAACAGCUUUAGUUGCUGAAUCUACUCAUUUAACUAACAAUACUAUACACAACCCAUCAACUGAAACUAUAACUAAUACAAUUGCAACAACUACUCACAAUCCAACUAAUAUAGUAUCUGCAUCGAAUAACAUUAAUACAAACACAAAUUCAAACCUAUAUGACGAAUUUUUUAUAAAUAUUCUCUCAGAUCUAAGUAACAUGUCUGGUCAAAGAACAUCUACUCAUAUAACACACCAAAUACCUACUUUAAUAGCUAUGCAAGAUAGAAAUAAUAAUGAAAACAAUAGACACAGUAAUGAAGCUCAAAAUAAUACUAUUACUCAACUGUAUAUUAAUGAUAGAUUAAACCAAGAAGCUGAUGAAUGCUAUAUAUCUAUUAAUAAUGAACAAAACAACUAUUUGCAGCACGAAUGA